AUGGAUAAAUUUCUGAAUGACAUUGAAAAGGACAAGCCAUUUAGGUUCACUACUCAACAGUUAAAGAUUGUAACUGAUAACUUCUCUUAUUUAUUGGGAUCGGGAGGUUUUGGUUCGGUAUACAAAGGAGUUUUUAGUGACGAUACCAUUGUAGCUGUGAAGGUUCUGUUUAGAAGUUCUGACAAAGGAAUCCAAGAACAGUUUAUGGCUGAAAUUGGAACUUUAGGUAAAGUUCAUCAUUUCAACUUAGUUAAACUAUUCGGAUUUUGUGUUGAAAAGAACUUGAUUGCAAUAGUUUAUGAGUACAUGGGAAAUGGCUCUCUUGACAAGUAUUUAUUCAAACAAGUUAAGGCUUUGGAAUUUGAAAAGCUUCAUGAGAUUGCGGUUGGAACAGCAAGAGGCAUUGCUUAUUUGCACGAAGAGUGUCAACAAAGAAUAAUUCACUAUGAUAUUAAGCCGGCGAAUAUUCUCUUGGACAUGAAUUUCAAUCCUAAGGUUGCGGAUUUCGGAUUGGCCAAGCUCUGCAACAGGGAUAAUACUCAUAUAUCCAUGACUGGAGGCAGGGGAACCCCCGGCUAUGCUGCGCCGGAGCUUUGGAUGCCUUUCCCUGUGACUCACAAAUGUGAUGUUUAUAGCUUUGGGAUGUUGUUGUUUGAAAUCAUUGGUGGGAGAAGAAAUGUUGAUACUAAUGUUCCGGAAAGCCAAGAGUGGUUUCCAAUGUGGGUUUGGAAAAAAAUUGAUGCUGGAGAGUUACAGAAUUCAACAUUAGUGUCUGAAUUAUUGUUGGAGAAACAUAAGGAGAUGGUAGAAAGAAUGGUUAAGGUAGCUUUGUGGUGUGUUCAGUAUAGGCCAGAAUCAAGGCCUAUGAUGAGUGCUGUUGUGAAAAUGUUGGAAGGCUCAGUAGAGAUUUCUCAACCUUUGAAUCCAUUUCAAUACUUGAUGGACAAUGGUUUUGCUACUCUUCCACAGCAAUAUUCAUCAAAUAAUUGCAAUGGUACAACUGCAACUACAAGUAGUUAUUGUGACUCUUCUGUGAUUGAUGUGGACUCCAAUAUUGUAACUGCUGAUCCAAUUUAG